UGCAGGUGCAAUUUGCAAUUUGCCACACAGGAUAUGGCGCAUCGUGGCGCAAAACAAACAACCAAGCAAGCAAGAAGGACAGUGUGAUCGCAUACAGUGGCAGUGACAGUGGCAGUGCAAGCCAUGGAUGUUGUUGAAGCAAGUAACAACGCUGCGUUGCGGGCUGCUUACGCCAAGCUUGCCAAGGGUACCCGCUUCAUCUCCAAGGAGCAGGUGCAGGAGGCUGUCUCGGAGAUUGCUGUUCGCUUCGGCGUUAAUCACAUUGUGAAGGCAACGGAUUCGAGGACAUACCGCGUGAGAUGCGACAACAAAGCCUGGACAAAGCAGCAACAACAGAGGAAACACCCAAGCACCUGCGCCUAUGCAAUUCACGCCAACAAACAAACCGUCAGCGGCGCGUGGGAGAUUACCGAGGCACGGCACCACACUUGCUGGCUCGCACAGGACAGUGAACAUGAGCUUGGGCGCCGCCGUGUUCGUCCACAGACGCUCGCCCGCUUUGAUCGAACCAUGAUAGGAAACCCCGCUGCUCAGGUACAACAAGUCAGUGCCCGCUACGGCCUAACCAUGUCGGGUUCCCAGAUGGCAGAGUACGCAGCACAAGCUCAAGGCAGAACUCACGUCAAGCGGCAGGAGGAGUUUGACAGACUGCACUCGUUCGCUCAGUGGAUCAAUGCAAAUGGACAUCAUGCAGCGCACCUGAUGACCAAAGACGGUGCAUUUAGCGAGCUUCUGUUCUGCCUAAAGCUGAAUGGUUUGUCGGCCAAGUCUCCAAAGGUCCUGUUCACGGACGCGACGCAUCUGUCGUACAACAACAUGAUGCUCCACCUCUUGUGCCAACUGGACGCAGACAACAAGAUCUUCAUUCUGGGCGCCAACAUAACUCAGCAGGAAACCAAGCCCGCUUACGCACACUUGUUCCAGCUCUGUUUAUCGGUCAUGCCCCCACUUUGGGGCGAGCAUACGAUUCUCUCGGAUUUAGGGACUGCUGUGACAAGCGCAAUCAACGAAAUACCCAUGUACGAUUGGGUGAGCACCAACUUGAUCGAGAGCUUGAACGCCAAGCUGAAACCGUUGAAGUCGCAAGAAGAAGCGGAGACACAGGUGCCAUUGCCAUAUCAGCAGCUGCAGCAGCUGCAGCAGCGACUGGAGCUGCAGGAGCAACAGCUGCAGGAGCAGAAGGAGCUUGUGUCACAACAGACGCAGUUGUAUCAGUCGCUCUUGCCAAUCAUCACGCAUCAACACCAACACAUUCAGCAGUUGGAAGGACACGUGUUGAAGCUGAACAAGCAGCAGCAAGAGCUUUGCGCCCACAUCAAUAACCCUGCUCAGUACUUUUCCGCCAACAUGGCGCACUUGCUACGUGGCGCCCUGCCGAAUGGUGGACCUCCUGCGCCCUCUUUCUACCCCCCACCUCAGGAAGAACAGCAACAACAACAGCCACAAGAGCUGCAGCCACAGCAACAACAGCAGCAGCAGCAGCAGAUGCAGAUGCAGAUGCAAAUGCAACAGCAGCAGCAGCAGCAGCAGCAGCAGCAGCAGCAGCCCCAUGACAGCUUCGUGCCCGACCGUCUCUACCUCGGCAGGCACAAGAAAAGGCGACCACAUCUGGUGACCAGGCAGCAGCAGCAGCAGCAGCAGCAGCAGCAGCAGCAAAAACAGAAGCGUUAUUCCUGCCAAAGGUGCUCUCGCAGCUUCGACACGAAGCGUGCAUUGCAGAACCAUGUAAUGCGGCACGAGGGACUCUUACCGUAUGGCUGCGAGGCCUGUACUAAAUCCUUUCCCGACCUCUCUGCGCUGAACCUGCACAGAAAAACGCACGGUCUCGACCCAUUGUUGCCGCUCACUGUGUGCACGAUUUGCCCCCGCCACCGCGAUUGCCGCACUGCUAGUGGCUUGGCAUCACACAUCCGAAAAGCACACGACAACAAGGUGGAUCUUGCUCGCCAAAAAGUCCAGUACGUUCAACAGCAGCAGCGCCAGUUGCUGCAAGAUCAAGAAAGAGCACUGACCGCACAACAACUCUUCCAACAGCAACAGCUCCGUGAGCAGGAACGGCGGCAGAUUCUCCACGUACAACAGCAACAGCAACAAGGGCUGCAGUCACCACAACCACAGCAACAAGGGCUACAACAAGGGCUGCAGUCACCACAACCACAGCAACAAGGCCUACAACAAGGGCUGCAGUCACCACAACCACAGCAACAAGGCCUCAACAAGGGCUGCAGCGACGGAAGGAGACGGCGGCUGCAACCUCUCAGGCUCAAUCUGGAGCGUCCACCGGAACGCACGCCUUCAGAUGAAAGCGACGACCUGCCCGUUGCACUCAGCCACCCAAGCGAGUGA